CAGUCCUCAUGUUGCUGCGGAGGUGUUUUGCUGUUGCACCUAGAACACACUGCAAGAUUCAAGAUUGUGUGAGAACAGACAAUAGUGGUAUCCGAAAGGGACGCUUAGUCCAGUCAGCGAAGAUCUAUCCGCUGCUUGCUGGACACCUAUGAUGUGAAUAAUAAUUAGAUAGUUUGUUUUCGCGCCGCCAGAUCAUGGAUGGCCCUAUCCUAGUGCCCUGUCUUAUCUGCAAGAACCAGCUCAUCAAUCCCAAGAAUGUUUUCAAGGAGCGCACACAAUUCACCAGGACUUUGUUCGUCACCAGGCUGUCACGUAUUGUUCACAGGAAAUUGGAAAGUAAUUCAGUGCAGCAGGUGGACAUUUGCAGCACCUGCCAAUCUCUCCUGAACCUUAUUGAUGAACAUGAGAGUAAACUGCUUGCCUAUGAGAAUGAGGUUCGCCUCAAGUUCAAGCUGCCCUUCCCAAUCAUCCUGGAGGACAAGAAUGAGGUGGCCCCGCCCCCGUUCGACGGACAGCCAAUCGCCGAGCCGCAGAUGGGUGAACCAGCCAAUGACGGCGAUCUGGAGGCGGGGCCUGGUGAUGUGAUCGUGUCGGCCGACGACACGGGAUUGGUCACGGUGACGUACGGCCAGGCUGACGGCGAAUCGGCAGAUGACCCCCGGCCUCCGGGCGCCACCUCCCCGGCCGUCAUCUGGGACGGAGACUCCGACCAGCAGAUCAUCAUAUUCAAGGAGGGGGAGGCACCUGUGGUCAGCGUGCUGGGGGACCUGGUGCCGCCGGUGCCGCCUUCGGUGCUGGCCGAGUCAGAGCCGCCCGAGGCCGCCAACGAGCCGGCCGGCCGGACGGCCGGCCCUUCCGACCGGCAGCCGCCGACCGAAGAGCGCCUCUUCUACUGCGACGUCUGCGACGCGUCCUUCACUUCCACCGACGGCCUGGCCGCGCACCGGCAGGGCCACGACCGGCUGCGGUUCCGCUGCGCCUUCUGCCCGGAGCGCUGCGCCACGACGGUGGCGCUCAGUCGGCACAUGAACGAGGCGCACGCGGCCCGGCUGCUGCCCUGCGCCAGCUGCGAGAAGCGCUUCGCGUCGCGCGCCGGCCUGGCGCAGCACGCCAAGCAGCACGAGGCGCGCCAGCACGGCUGCACGCAGUGUCCGCGCAGGUUCGUCAGCCUGCACGACCUUCAGCUGCACGUGACGUUCAAGCACAGCGACGCGCGGCCCUUCAGCUGCGAGGUGUGCCGACGCACCUUCAAGACGGCCUCAAUGGUGCGCCGCCACAAGCUACGUCACACGGGUCUCAAGCCACACCGCUGCGCCCUCUGCGGCCUGAGCUUCACGCACAAGUUCGCCAUGGAGAACCACGUGGCCACGCACGCGUCGCACCGGCACGAAUGCGCCACGUGCGGCAAGAAGUUCGCCCAGCGCCGCUCGGCCGAGCAGCACGUGCGGCUAAUGCACUCAGGGGUGGCCUUUGCCGCGUCGUGAUCAGGGCGGUGCUGAUCUCAGCGUCCUGAUCUGGGCGGUGCUGAUCUGAGCGGGGCUGAUCUCAGCCGGCGGUCUCAGACGUGCUGAUCUGGGCGGUGCUGAUCUGAGCGGCGCUGAUCUUAGCCGGCGGUCUCAGAUGCGGACCUCAGCUGGUGUCGCAGCCCGGGUCGCCGGAGGAGCCUCAGCUGGUGCUGCCGGGCGGCUGGCAGCGGCGGGA